CGGAGACUCCACAUGUUCAAUGAGACAGUCAGCUGCUCGGGUGAUUUAAAAAAAAAAGUUUGUACAUAAAUACUAUCUUGAUGGAUUUAUGUCUUAAUAUAAUUCUUUUUCACGGCUGAGACUGAAUCUUAAACUUUGUGGCCUGUCAGUGCGCUCCGGCUGAUUUUAGGUGAGGGUACAGAUCCAGGCUGAGCUGCUUUGUGAUAUUUUUUUAUAGUAAAACUUUAAUUCAUCUGGACGCACGACAGGAGCCUUAUGACAUUACGCACAGACCGGGAUCGGGGCUGCAAAUGGGCGGCAUAGGUGGCAACCUUUACCUCAGUAUGUUGAAUGGGACUGAAACGCAAACUUUCGCAAAGAGCACCGACAUCAGCAGUCACCUGCACCGCAACGGGAAGGAUCUAGCCGAGUUUAAAAUGGGGAUUCAGGACGCGAGGUUCUACUACCCGGACUCUGUUCAGAGCGGGCAGGACGCUCUGACUCUGCCGUACCACUCGGAGCAGGCGGUGGGAGGAGGGUACGGAGCGCAGCCGGGCAGGUUUUACGCACAGACCCUCAGCAGCUGCCCUUACGGCGGCGUGCGCUCUCCGCCGAGAAGCGGAGUCGGGCAGGGUUACAUCUCGGCGGCAGGAGACGGGUUUCCUCCAGGCGGGAAAGACUUGUACUCUCCCUCUUCGGAGAAUUACCCGACAGGCUUUCAGCACGGCUACCACCAGCGACCGCCUCUCUACCCUCUACCUGGGCUACAGGUGUGCGGAAAGACGCAGGCGCUGCUCAAUAACUACCCGCUUUGGGCCAAGUUCCACAAGUUCCAAACCGAGAUGAUCAUCACCAAACAGGGGAGGAGGAUGUUCCCCUUCCUGAGCUUUAACAUCAGUCUUCUGGAUCCGACCGCUCACUAUAACGUCUACGUGGACGUGGUUCUGGCUGAUCAGCACCACUGGAGGUACCAGGGCGGCAAGUGGGUCCAGUGUGGGAAAGCAGAGGGCAACAUGCCAGGGAACAGGAUGUACAUGCACCCCGACUCUCCGAACACCGGGGCUCACUGGAUGAGACAAGAAGUUUCCUUCAGCAAACUCAAACUCACCAACAACAAGGGCAGCACCAAUAAUGUGGCACAGAUGAUCGUGCUCCAGUCGCUCCAUAAGUACCAGCCUCGUCUGCACAUCGUGGAGGUUAAGGAGGACGGAUCUGAGGACCCCUUCCUGUCAUCCAAAGCUCAGACCUUCAUCUUCCCUGAGACCCAAUUCAUCGCCGUCACCGCUUACCAGAACGCAGACAUCACUCAGCUGAAAAUAGACCACAACCCCUUCGCUAAAGGUUUCCGCGACAGCUAUGACACGCUCUACGCUCCUCCCGACUCUGACCGCCUCACCCCCUCCCCCACCGAGAGCCAGCAGCUGCUGACGGGGAGCUGCUACCCCCAGGGCUUCUUCUCUGAGCAGUACAUGAGCCCCCUGCCUCAAGGCCGCUUCGGCAUGGGCCAGCAGCGCAAAGACCCCUCCCCGAGUCCGGGUCCUCACAGCCACUGGUACCUGCCUCCUCAGCAGGGCGUGACCCCCAACCGGCUCGACUUCGCCUCCUCGUACGACGGCGACUUCUCGGGAAACGGUUUCUACAAGCCGUUCCCCCUGCAGACGUCCGCUCACCACGCCCUCGGCUACUACCCCGAGCAUCCUUUUGCUUCCACGAGCGUGUCAGGAGCCACGUCGACGGGCUGGACCACCAGCCGGCCCACCCCUCAGUACCUCAGCCACUCGAGCAAGCACGGCCCCCUGGGCUGGUUCAGACCCGUAUCGUCCUCGUCUUCCUCCUCCUCGUCUUCCACGUCGCCCGGCAACCCCAGGCUGCACCCCCCCUCGCUCCUGGAGCCGCUGCAGACGCCCCUGCUGCAGGACAAACCCAAAGACUCUGCGGAGAGGGCGGCCGAGGACCCCUGGCUCGAGCCCGCCUCUGUGAAAUCGGUGGCCUCGGCCGACUCGGGCCUGUUCGAGGGCGGCGUCGUGGCCGGGGACAACAAGAAGAGGAGGGUGUCGCCGUACACGUCCAGCACCGAAAACUCCCCGCCCCCGCGCAGUGGAGAAAUCUGCGAGAAAGACAGCAACAGCGACGCGGACUACUACGGCUACUACACCCACUGAUGACCCUCACACAUCAACGACCUCGUGCAUCACAACCAGUCUCUCCCAGAAACCCUCCCAACUUCCUACUGGAAAAAAAAUCCAAGAACAAGACCGCACAGUCUCCAAAAGUCUCCCUACUCGAAGUGUCAGGAGGAACUUUCAAGGUUACUGUCAAACUUCUCGUUGAACAGAAGUGGAAGUGACUGGGGACGCUGCCCUACAGUCACAUAAACACCAUGCGGACGAGCAGACCUGUGACUUUAGCCUCAGAAGCAUCUGGAGAUUUGGGGGUGGAAAAAAUGAUCUGCAUAUCUGCGUGCUGACAGACGCCUGAAGGGCUUGUCUGUUCUUCCUGCAUCAAACACUCUCUGUGUGUCUCUUCUGCUCUGUCUUGUCUCCGUCUCUUACUUCUCACCUUCAGCCAUUCACACACACUCCAACAAAUAUGCUCACGUUCAUUCCCCCCCCCCCCCAACGAUCCCUCUCGCAGACAUUAUAUUUAACUCGCUCUCUUUCUCAUCAAUCAAUCAGGCAGUGCAGCGCCCUCCAGUGGCCACUUAGGAGCAUAGCAUGCUGACAGAGCGGAGGCCGAGAGUUGUCUGAGUUAACUAAUGUCAGGAGGUUAAGAAGGUUUUAGUCUGCACAUGUUCUGAAGUGCUACUUGCUAAUCUUUCUCAAUCCAGCUAGGGCGAGCUUUUCUUUGUGUGUGUGUGUGUGUGUGUGUGUGUGUGUGUGAGCUCGUGUGCAGAAAUAGCAACUCCUCACACUUUACCAUCCUACAGGAAAUCAAUAGAAUGAAGGAUUUACUCUGCAGCAAAAAAAAACAGAGCUUGUCCCUUAUGAUUUUUUUAAAAAAUAGCCAAAAUCACUUUAUGCUCAAAACAAUCACCAUCAAAAUAUUCUUUCAGACGACCGAAUUAAAAAACUUUAAAAUCCGCUGACGAUCUAAACGCGUUACAAAUAAGGCAAAGUUCACACACACAGGAGUAAAGGGGAAGUGUUGUAGAAUAAAACUGUCCUGCAGCUUGAUUUGGAUUAUAAUCUUCAGGGUUACUCAACAUUUGACAAAAAAAAACAAAAAAAACGUUUUUGACAAU